AUGACUACCGCACUUGACUCUCUCAAGCAGUACACUGCUGGUGAGUAGCUUAUAUGCGCGCAAUCUCUCCCCUUUGCGCACAAAACCUCUUCUGACCUUCGUCUCCUCCUCGCACUUCCCGUGCUUACAGUCGUCUCUGACUCUGGUGACUUCGAGUCCAUUGACGCUUACAAGCCUCAAGAUGCCACCACUAACCCUGUGAGUAGCAGGAGCCGGUCGUUUAGAUCUUAGGCUGCUUCGGAGUAUGAAUGGGUCCCACCCCACGCCAGGGUCCAAAAUUGUGCCCCAGGCGAAAAUCUUUUUGCCACAUCCCUUCGGUGCACCUCCACCGAGUGCAUCAAGUGCUCGCCUGUGCAGCAGGAAGUGGUCAUCAAGGACAUUGUCAUAAUGCACGCACUUACCUUCUCCAGGAGCGCGCCUUUUCCCCGGCACUCGAAGUGCAAUCAAAUGCUCUAUUUCCUCGUACUGAAGCUUGACUGACACGCUUGCUCAUUCCUAUGGCUACCCCAGUCUCUGAUCCUUGCUGCCAUCAAGGAGGAGAAGUACGCUCGUCUCUUGGAUGUUGCUGCCAAGUACGCUCAAUCGCAGACCGGCGACAAGUCCAACCAGGUUGAGAACGCCGUCGACCGUCUCUUGGUCGAGUUUGGUGCCGAAAUUCUAAAGAUCAUCCCUGGCCGUGUCUCUACCGAAGUCGACGCUCGUCUCUCCUUCAACAAGGAGGCUACCAAGGCCAAGGCUAAGAAGCUCAUCGCUCUCUACAAGGAGCAGGGCAUUGACAAGCAGCGUGUUCUGAUCAAGAUCGCAUCCACCUGGGAGGGCAUUCAGGCCGCCCGUGAGCUCGAGCGCGAUGACGGCAUCCACUGCAACUUGACUCUUCUGUUCGGCUUCGGUCAAGCUGUUGCCUGUGCCGAAGGUGGCAUCACUCUGAUCUCUCCCUUCGUUGGACGUAUCCUUGACUACUACAAGAAGGCUACCGGUAAGGAGUACACAGCCAAGGAGGACCCAGGAGUUGUGUCCGUUCAGCGCAUCUACAACUACUACAAGCAACACGGCUACAACACCAUCGUUAUGGGCGCCUCGUUCCGCAACGUCGGCGAGAUCAAGGAGCUCGCUGGUUGCGACUUCCUGACCAUUGCACCCAAGCUGCUCGAGGAGCUCAAGAACGACAAGGAGCCCGUCAAGCAGGUUCUGAGCGUCGAGAACGCCAAGAAGGCCGAGGCUAUUCCCAAGGUCUCCUUCAUUGACGAUCAGCCCGCUUUCCUUUUCGAGCUCGCAAAAGACGCUAUGGCCGUGUCUAAGCUCAACGAGGGCAUUGCCAAGUUCGCCGAGGAUGGAGAGACCCUUGAGGGCAUCGUCGCCAAGAAGCUCGGCGCUUAA